AUGAAAAGGAAAGAAUGUUUUAAUGAGAAAUUAAUUCAACCUAUAUCAGACGUUAAAUCUAACAAUUCCGAUGUGCACGUUUUGCUAAUAGCACAAUAUGAUUUCACCUUAAAUUCAACGCACAAAUUUCAAAAAUAUCAAUACAUAUUUCAUCACGCAUGCACUACAAAAAAGUCGUGUGAACAUUUCUUUGAUGAUAACAUGACUAAAUCAGAUUUAUAUUUGAACAUUUGUUCGGGCGUGAACAUCUCUCAAUCACAAUUAUUUUGUUUUAUCAAGACUUCAAAAAAUCCGAAUUGCUUCCUAGUUAAAAAUUAUAUUAAUAAUGAAUUGAAUUUGGGGGUAUAUGCGCUUCGAGAUAUUGGCGAAAAUGAAGAGUUAUCAAUAUGUGAGAAUAUUGAGAAUUCAUUAGAGAUUACUAGUGACUUUGGUUUAUCAUUUCCUAAAAUUACAUUAGCAUCGCUUACAAAAACCGCUUUAAAAUUAUUUAAUUUUUCUGAAAAGUUUUAUAAUCAAGUAUAUUUAAUCAUUUCUUUGGAGGUUCCCACAAUUACCCUCACACAAAAGCUUUACAUGUUAUUAAACACUUAUCGUUUAUUCUUACUUUGGAUAAAUUGUGAACAUACGUUUACUUAUGCUUCUCGUUUUGAACAAUUUAUCAUUUGUUAUGUGAUCUCUUUUAAUUCCUUGAUGGAAAAUUGGAUUUCAAAUAACUAUUGGGCUAAAUUAUUAUUGAGUAUUGGCGUGUUGACGAAUCAAAGUGAUGAGGGUCAAGAGAUUUGCGAAGAAGAGGUCAUCGAGAGAUUUAAAUGGUUACAUUUGAGGUGUUUGGAUUGUGUGGAAUUCAAGUCCGUGAUCACUUUAAGUGCUCAUUAUAAUUUUUUAAAAGAAGUUUGUGAUAAAUUUAGUAUAAUUAAUUAA